GGUAGUGGUAAUUAGUAAAUUAGUAAUGUUGUUCCGUGUAAUUAAUUAAUAAUUGUAUUUUUAAUACACCAGUAAUUUAGUUUAAAUUCGAAAUGGAGUUAGGUGAAGAUUCGGUUAUAUGUGACAAAGAUAAGGAUUCUCUAGAUCAAUAUAUUAAUGUACAAAUUAAGUCAGAAGUGGAAGAAUGCAUAUUUGAAAGUAAUUACACAGAGGUUUCUUUAUCAGACUCAUAUUGUUCGGAAAAUAUUAAAAUAGAAGAACAUACGUUACAAUAUGAAAUAAUUAACCCAUUCCCUAUCAUUACCAUGCAAGAUGUUAAGACAGAAAUAAAAAAAGAACUGGAUGAACAUAAGUUAGAAGCAAAAGUAAACCAAGGGUGUGAGACUCUAUUUAAAAGCAGGGAUACGAAAAAGUUAGACUCAGAGAGAGAUGUAAAAUUAGAGAUAGAUAAUGAAAAACAUUGUAGAAGUAUGAAAACAGCAAAAUUACUGUCCAACAUUGACAAAGAAAGUUUACCUCAGAACGAGAAUAAAACGAAAUUCGAAAGAACAUUGGUAACACAUACACGGGAAAAUUCGUACAAGUGUGAAACAUGUGUGAGGAAAUUUACAGCAUUGAGAUAUUUAAAAAGGCAUUUGAAAGUGCACUCUGGAAGGACUUACGAGUGUGAAGUCUGUUCUAAACAAUUUAGUCAAAAUAAACAUUUGAAAAUACAUUUAAGGAUACACACUGGAGAAAAGCCGUACAAGUGUGAAAUUUGUCCUAAGCAAUUUAGUCAAAUUGGACAUUUGAAAAUCCAUUUAAGGAUACACACUGGAGAAAAGCCUUACAAGUGCGAAAUUUGUUCGAAGCAAUUUACUCAAGCAGAAUCUUUGAAAAAGCAUUUAACAAUACACACUGGCGAAAAGCCUUACAAGUGCGAAAUUUGUUUUAAGCAAUUUAGUGAAGCAGGAACUUUAAAAAAACAUUUAAAGGUACACAAUGGCGAAAAGCCUUACAAGUGCGAAAUUUGUUUUAAGCAAUUUAGUGAAGCAGGAAAUUUAAAAGUACAUUUAACAAUACACACUGGCGAAAAGCCUUACAAGUGCGAAAUUUGUUUUAAGCAAUUUAGUGAAGCAGGAACUUUAAAAAAACAUUUAAAGGCACACAAUGGCGAAAAGCCUUACAAGUGCGAAAUUUGUUUUAAGCAAUUUAGUGAAGCAGGAAAUUUAAAAGUACAUUUAAGGAUACACACUGGCGAAAAGCCUUACAAGUGCGAAAUUUGUUUUAAGCAAUUUAUUCAGGUAGCAACUUUAAAAGAGCAUUUAACGGUACACACUGGAGAAAAGCCGUACAAAUGUGAAAUUUGUUCUAAGCAAUUUAGUCAAAUUGGAAAUUUGAAAAGCCAUUUAAGGAUACACACUGGAGAAAAGCCUUAUAAGUGCGAAGUUUGUUUUAAGCAAUUUAUUGUAGAGGGAUCUUUAAAAAAGCAUUUAAGGAUACACAGUGGAGAAAAGCCGUACAAAUGUGAAAUUUGUUCUAAGCAAUUUAGUCAAGAUGGAAGUUUGAAAAAGCAUUUAAGGAUACACACUGGCGAAAAGCCUUACAAAUGUGAAAUUUGUUUUAAGCAAUUUAGUGAAGCAGGAAAUUUAAAAGUACAUUUAACAAUACACACUGGCGAAAAGCCUUACAAGUGCGAAAUUUGUUUUAAGCAAUUUAGUGAAGCAGGAAAUUUAAAAGUACAUUUAAGGAUACACACUGGCGAAAAGCCUUACAAGUGCGAAAUUUGUUUUAAGAAAUUUAUUCAGGUAGCAACUUUAAAAGAGCAUUUAACGGUACACACUGGAGAAAAGCCGUACAAAUGUGAAAUUUGUUCUAAGCAAUUUAGUCAAAUUGGAAAUUUGAAAAGCCAUUUAAGGAUACACACUGGAGAAAAGCCUUAUAAGUGCGAAGUUUGUUUUAAGCAAUUUAUUGUAAGGGAACUUUAAAAAAGCAUUUAAGGAUACACAGUGGAGAAAAGCCGUACAAAUGUGAAAUUUGUUCUAAGCAAUUUAGUCAAGAUGGAAGUUUGAAAAGCAUUUAAGGAUACAUACUGGCGAAAAGCCUUACAAAUGUGAAAAAGCACAUUUAAGGAUACACACUGGAGAAAAGCCUUGUGAAAUUUGUUCAAAAGGAAAUUUAGUCAUUACAAGUGUGAAAUUUGUUCUAAGCAGUUUAGUCAAGAUGCAAUUUUGAAAAAGCAUUUAAGGAUACAUACUGGAGAAAAGCCUUACAAGAGCGAAAUUUUGUAUUAAUCAAUUUAGACAAGAUAGACAUUUGACAAAUCAUUUAACAAUAUACAUUUAAAAUAAAUAAUGUGCACACUUAUUUAUGAAAUUACUGAUCACUUGAUCAAUAAUAAAACAAAACAUAAAAAUACAAGUUUAUUAAUUUCCACAGAAUAUGGCCUACCUGACAUGUUGUAGAAAGGGCUUCCUUAGAGGAAGCCGU